AUGUCCGGUCAGGGCAGCUCUGAUCCCAACUUUCUGCAGCAGUUGAUGCAGGACCCCACCAUCCAGCGCAUGACCGAGGCCAUCGCGUCCGACCCGGAGUUCAUGGAGAUUGCCAAGGAGAUGCAGGAGAGCAUGCUCUCCGGCAACAUGAAUGGCCUGAAUCUGGGCGGCGAGGCCGGCGGAUCGGGUGCGGGUGGCAUGCCGCCGGGCAUGCCCAACGUUGACCCUGCCAAGUACAUGAGCGCCAUGCAGAGGGUGAUGGGCAACCCGCAGUUCCUGGAGGCUGCUGAGAGCCUGGGCAAGUCGCUGCUCACCCAGGCGGCAGACCCCCAGAUGGCCAGCCUGAUGGAGCUGUUCUCCAACCCCGAGCACAGCGAGCUGCUGAAGGGCAAGCUGGAGGACCUCAAGUCCGACCCCGAGCUCAGGCCCAUCCUGGAGGACAUCGAGGCCAACGGGCAGGAGGCCAUGCUCAAGUACAUGGGCGACACCGACAUCAUGUCCAAGCUGGGGCGCAAGUUCCAGGAGGCCAUGGCCGACCCCGAGAUGCAGGCCCGGCUGGGGUCCCGUGCCGCGACCGACGCCAACGGCACGCCGGCCGUGUCUGGCGGCGCUGGGGCUGGCGAUGCUGCUGGGCUGGCGGAGUUGCUUAAGCAGGAGGGCGUGAAGCCCGACGAGAAGGACGAGGAGGGCAGGACACCCCUCCACUUUGCGGCGGGGUAUGGGGAGCUUGAGUGCAUGGAGGUCCUCCUGGACGCCGGCGCUGACAUCGACGCGGUUGAUGCCAACAAUAACACCGCCUUGCACUAUGCCGCCGGGUACGGCAACGUCGAGACGGCCACGUUGCUCAUCAAGAGGAAGGCCGAUGUGUCCAUCAAGAACUCGGAGGGCAAGACCGCGGGCGAGGUGGCCGAACUCAACGAGCAGGCCGAGCUGGUCGAGCUCCUCAAGGGGGACGUCAAGCCCGAGGCUGUUUGA